CUCAGUUAAAAUAGGUUUCAGUGCGAAAAAAUACUCCCGUGCAAUACGAGAUGUCUACUGAGAAAACUCCGUUAACGUCAAGUAUCCCAAACGGUUUACAUUAUAGAAAUGAUUAUGAGACUGGCUUGUUUCUUACACGACGAAGAAAAGAAAAACAGCUACAAUGCCUUACACAACUUAUUGUAAUUUUGAUCUUCGUUAUGGCCCUGAUGACAGCGAUCAGCUAUUCAGUCCAUAAUACCGAUUCUUUGGUGGACAACUCGACAAACCCAGAAAUUAUUCCAUCACCAGGUACAUUGCAAUUAAAAUGGAUGCAACAAAAUCCUAAAUUAAAAAUUGUAAAUGCACUGGUUGAGCAUUCCCUCACCACAAGUGAGUGGCAAGCGGCUGUAAAAGCCGGACAAGAAGCUAUAACUACGCGGAUCGCAAUUGAUACAGCAAGUGAACCAUUGCCAGCACCAUCACCCGUUUCGAGGCAUCAGUAUGCAGUAAAAACUAGUCUCAAAGCUGGGAAAUUAGCUCUGGGUGGAAUAGGAGAAUUGGCUGCAACACGAUUGAUUGAAAAAUCUCGGCUACAGUUGGGAGUACCUUCUUCAGUUGGUUCUUAUUUUAAAAAUAUUUGGGUACCUACUGAUACAUGCAAAGAAUUUUCUGCAAUUAAUUGUACAGUCAGCAAAUAUCGAACCUUCGAUGGUACCUGCAAUCAUCCAAGAAAUUACGGUGCAGCCUUGACACCGUUUAUUAGAAAAAUUCCGGCAGAUUACGCCGAUGGGAUCGAAUCACCGAGGACAGGAAAAUUCAAUAAGCCAUUACCAUCCGCAAGAGAAAUCAGUCUGAAAGUUCAUCCACCAGCCCCUAGUUCAAAUCCCGAUUUUACGGUAAUGUUAGCAGUGUUUGGCCAAUUUUUAGACCAUGACAUAACAGCAACGGCAAUCAGUCAGGGAACAAACGGUACUUCUAUAUCCUGCUGUCCUGCAGAACUUCACAAUCAUCCUGAAUGCUUUCCCGUUAAAACUGGACCCGGUGAUCCAGUUUUCGACACAGCCAAAAGAGAUUGCAUGGAAUUUGUCAGGAGUGCACCUGCUCCACAAUGCAAAAUAGGACCCCGUCAACAACUCAAUCAAGUCACAUCUUUCAUCGAUGGUUCUGUUAUUUAUGGCUCAGAUGGUGAAACAGCGAAAUCCCUUCGAGAAGGCCGAGGUGGUUUGUUAAAAAUGUUUGUAACACCGGACAACCGAACUCUGCUUCCGCAAAGUACAAAUCCCAAUGAUGGCUGUAACCGAGAUGUAGAAAGUGUUCGAGGACGUUACUGUUUUGCUUCUGGGGAUGGAAGAGCGAAUGAGAAUUUACACCUCACGACCAUGCAUCUUUUGUGGUCCCGGCAGCACAAUAAAGUCGCUACGGAGCUUUUUACAAUAAAUCCAAUGUGGAGCGACGAAAUUCUUUUCCAAGAAGCUCGUCGAAUAAUUGGAGCACAAUUACAACAUAUCACGUAUAAAGAGUUUAUUCCAGUGAUCUUGGGAGAAGAAGACACUGAUCGCCGAAAAUUGAAGCCAUUAUCUUCUGGUUUUCGAGCCCAAAUUGAUUUGAACCCGGUCAAUCCAGCUAUAGCAAAUAGCUUUGCUUCCGCAGCUUUUAGAUUCGCACAUACAUUGUUACCGGGUCUAAUGAAGGUUUCAGAUGCACAAAAUGGGACGUUCACUUACGUAGAACUACAUCGAAUGCUCUUUAACCCAUACAGUUUAUACAAAAAAGGCGGCAUGGACAGUUCGUUAACAACGGUUACAUCCAACACCAUACAAAAAACAACCACACAUGUCACUUCUCAGCUGACAAGACAUCUUUUUGAAGACCCUCUAGCCAAUGCAACCGUUCCUUGCGGUUUGGAUUUGGUUUCAUUGAACAUUCAGAGAGGUCGAGAUCAUGGUCUUCCUGGCUACAUCGUCUGGCGACAGUUUUGCGGACUCAGUGAAAUAAAAACUUUUGAAGACCUUCGUGGAGAACUUGACGAUGAUGCUUUAAACGAAAUCUCUAAAUUGUACGAUCAAGUCGAUGACAUUGACCUUUACACGGGAGCACUUGCCGAAAUUAAAGGUUCUGAUGGUCUCAUCGGCCCCACAUUCAAAUGUCUCAUUGGAGAUCAAUUCUCGAGAAUUUUAAAAGGAGAUCAGUUCUGGUACGAAACACCUGGGAAUCCACAAUCUUUUACAGAAGAUCAAUUGAAGGAGAUCCGCAAAACCUCUCUGGCGAAAUUGAUUUGCGACUGUUCUGACGAAAUAUAUUACAUUCAACCAGAAGUAAUGCGUUCAGUCAGUACCAAGAAUCCAAUGGUGUCAUGUGAGGAUCUUCCCAGCUUGAAUUUAUCGUUUUGGAAGGAUCCGCAAUUAUCAAUUUUGGAAGCAGCAGAAACGUCGGAGAAGCCCGAAGAAUGGGUUAAUUUCGAGAGUAAUAUUAAGUUAACGAUCGAAAAAGUGAUUGAUGAUUUUGUUCAAACCUCGGUAACUAAAAACGUUAGUUGGGUAGAAUUUGGAAAAUGGUUGAAAAAUUCAUUCACCGAGCUUAAAAACGAAAUCAUGAGUGUGCAAUCGAUGACUGGUAGAAUAGUCGAAAAACCAUCAGGGGUGACAAACUCGGAACGGGAUUUCAAUGAAGUAUCCGAUGAAUCUCAAAAAGUGGAAACCGUUACGAUAAAACGGUCAGAAUCUACAAUAAGCAAUGAUUGGAUGCGACUCAAAAACGAAAUAACGACAAAUCUCACAGAUGCGAUGGUGAAUGCAACUGGUGUUCCAACAAUUGAGCAGCGCCAUGAAAUAUUAAAAAGUAUAAUAACCGAAGUUACGAAGAUUGAAAAAAUGAUCGGGUCCAUACGAAUAUUGAAAAACAGUUUUAAAAACGAGACCAUAACAUCAGCCGACAUCGAGCUAUUUAAAAAUGACUUCAUCGAAGCCCUCAAAUCUGCAAUUGAUCGUAUACAAAAUGGAGCACCCCCUCCUGGUGAUAUAACCUGGAUAACGUAUGGGAAUGAAAUAAAAAACGAAUUUGAAAACGUUGCGAAUUAUGCCCGUAUCCUGGCAAAUAAAACGGUCCAAAGUAUUUCUACGCCACAACUAAAUAACAAUAAUGCUUUUGCACACCAAAAAAUUAGAGAAAUAGCGACGGCGAUUGAUCUGAAAGGUGAAAACUUUUGGUACAAAGUUGGUGAGUAUGUGAACCGAUCUACAACUGAUGCUAUUGCGAAUAUGAUUGGGAAACAAUUGCUACCAAAUGGACCAGAAUUAAUGGCUACAAGCUGGAAAAUUAUGAACGAUCUUUCCAAAUUUGAAGAUGACUUCGCAAAAAUUAAUAAAAUGAAAUCGGAGCAGUAUUCUGUGUCACCGAAAUUUCCAUCUACAGCGAGUUUUUGGAAUGAUUUCAGAAAUAGUUUGAAUAACUCGAUACAAAAUGCUUUUUCAAAAAUCGCUGCAAAAAAUCUGCCUCCCGGCGAUCCUGCUUGGACUCAAUUUCAUUCGGAGAUAAUGAACUCUUUUGUCAAGUUGAAAGAUCAAAAUAUGCAGUUUGAAGGAAAGAAUAAAUCUAUUAUAUCGAUAGAUACAAUUCAGCUAGAAAAGGACACUCUGCUUCCGUUUCGUUGGUAUACUUUCAAAUCUGAAAUUAUAAGUUCUGUGGCGAGUAUGCUGAAUAAUACCAUUAGCAUAAUCCCUCUGGCUAAUAGUACAGUGUGGGCACAAUUCAAAGCGGAUAUUAUUAGCCAGUAUAAAAAAAUUCCUAGUGAGGAAACAGUGAAAAAAUCACUAGGCUCCGAAGGCGCAAGAAAAGACCCAAACUCGUCAGAGAAGUCAAUCCUGGAUUGGCUGUCCUUCAAAGACGAAAUUAAUAAAUCCAUAAAUGAAAUAAUCAAUAAUAAAUUGAACAAACCAUUCACUAUAUAUAACAUGUCUUCAAUGCUAUCGAAAUCAAAAGUUGAAUCUUUCCCGGAAAACUUGGCUCAAUUUACGGACGAAAUUGAUGAUUCUCUGGCCCGAUCGUUUGGAUUAAACCGUUCGAAAGUUUUCCUUCCGAAAAACGACUCAAGCUGGACGUCUUUCAAAGAUGCGAUAAAAAAUGAAUUUUCUACACUAAGAACCAUGAUAGCUUACUUAAAUGCUAAUACCUCUUCACAACCGAUUGCUGGUUUGCAAGUCCCUUUCAAGUCAGUUUCUGAAAAUCUUAAACCGAGAAUUAAGACAAAGAACAGAGUUGCUGAAAAGUUGCCGAAUUCAGGUUUGACUAAAACAAUUUUACAAUCGACGGAAAACCUAGAUAAAAACGGCACUGUACCUGUGAUUGAUUGGGAUGGUUUGACAAAAAAAAUAACCAAUACGGUAGUGACUUACGUGAAAAUUAUGAAUGACACUGAUGUCGGGGAAUGGAAGGCCACAAAAGAUCUAAUUCGAAAUUCAUUCAUGCAGUUACGGGAUCAAAUCCGUGCGUCAAAGAAUCACACUGUAGGGAUUCAACCGAAUCGUUGAUACGGAUAUAUUUAUGACCAAAUCCAUUGGAUUUCGCACAAUUUCUCGGGAGGAGUCUUUCGAAUUUGUUCAGACUUGGGCACUUCAAAGUAUCUUAAAAACUCUCUAAAUCUCUAAAAAAUCAAAUUUAAAUUCUCUAAGUGCUCAAAAUCGCAAGAACAAGCCUUAUAAAGGUAAAAAAAUAUCCAUUUUUUUCUUCGUUUUAAGAUGAUGGUUCACAAAGACUUUAUGUUCAAGUCAAAUAAUACCGGUUGCAUUUUCUUUAGUAUACCAUUGAGAUUGCAGAAAAAAGUUGUUCAGUUUUCCAGAUCGAGAGGCCUUUAAUUGCGAUCAAGUUAAAUGAAUUUAAAAUUUCCAUAGAGUCUUAAAUUUUUGUGGAUAUCGGAGUCGAUAAAAAUCGGUGUUAUGCAGGGUCAAAGUUAGCGAUUUUCCGUAAAAUUUCGGAAAUGACCAACUUCGGAAUAAUAUUUCUUUAGGCUUUUUCACGCAAUGCAAAUUUUCCUCAUGACUCAUUUGGAGGGUAUGAAAAACGAAAAAAAUAAGCCAUAUCAGAAGUUAAUUAAAAUUGAAAUAAACCUAUAGCUUCAAUUUAAAAAUGGUCAUUCUAUGGAAAUUUUAAAUUCAUUUAACUUGAUCGCAAUGGAAGGCCUCUCGAUCUGGAUGACUGAACCACUUUUUUCUACAAUCUAGAUGGUGUACUAAAGAAAAUGCCUCCAGUAUUAUUUGACUUGAACGUAAAGUCUUUGUGAACCAUUAUCUUAAAACGAGGCAAAAAAUGAACUAUUUUGACCUUUAUAAGGCUCGUUCUCGUGACCUUAGGAACUUGAAAAGUUAAAAUUUGGUUUUUGAAAAUAGUUCUUAAGGUACUUUGAAGCACCCAAGUUUGAGCAAAUUCGAAAGAACCCUUCCGAGAAAUUGUACGAAAUCCAAUGGAUCUGUUCGUAUACAAUUUUUUUUUUCUCGCAGCUCUAACGGAAAUCUUUAAUACAUGAAAAAAAGUUUUUUUCCCAGAAUUUCGGAUUGAAAAAAAAACAAUUUACAUAGUACUCAAGCCACUUUUCGAUAUUUUCCUGUUUUUUCUCAAAAAUCGCGAAGCAAAACUGUUUUUUUUGCUCUCAUGACAAAAAAUGUUAGUGCUUCAUGGACUGAUAAAUUUAAUAAAAUUUUGUCAUCCUCAAAAUAUAUUAAAGACUACCUCGCAUAAAUCAUUUUUUUCUGUAUACUUGACUAUAACUUAUGAAAAUAAAAAGUGUGAGGCUACAAAUAACUAUUCUUGUCGUCCUUACAAAAGACUGAGUGAAAGUAUUUUGCAAAAACAGUUUUUCAACAUUUUUUCGAAUUCAAAUUCUCUAUUUCAAAGUUUGAUAUUUCAACGCAGAAUAGGUUAUAAUUUGGGAAUUUUCUAGUUUUCCUAUUUGUUAUAAAAAUUGGUAAAAUAUUUUGACUGAAUUCUGGUGAAAAACAAAUGGAGGCUAUUGAAUCCCAAAUCGCAAAAAUGUUCAGUACCAAACUGUUUAUUUACAAUCAAACUAUUUGAGUGUGCAAUAUGGCAACUUUCUACAAUAGACCUAUUUCGAUCCUGUUAAUUUAAUUUUUUUAUAUACGUAAAAAUUACGAGACCGAUUUUGGAAGUUUUAUGAAAAAUAUUUUGGUUUUUACAUUCAUUAGUCUCCAUUUUUUCUAACAGAAAGAGGUCAAAAUAUUUUACUCAUUUUUAUAACGCAUGAGGAAACUAGAAAAUUCUCAAAUUUUAAUAUUUUCUGCGGUGAAAUAUCAGAUUUUGAAGAAAGGAAUAUAAAUUCAGCAAAAAAUACAGGUGCAUUUAGCAUGUUGUAAUUUUUGUAUGAUGCCCCAGACAGUUUUCGUGCAUAAAAACAUAUAUACCUGUAUGAAAAAUACAGGAAAAUUGAAAUCAAUCGAUUGAGAAAACGCUAAAUUAUUUGUUAUGACAAGUAAUUUAAAAAAACUAUGUUUUUACAAAGUACAUUUAUCCUUUCUUUUGAAAGGACGACAAAUACUGCUAUUUGUAGACACAUGUUAUUUAAUCUCAUGAUUUAUAAUUAAAUAUACAGAAAAAACAGAAAUAAAUUAUGUGAGGUAGCCUUUAAAUUUUUUGAGAGUAACAAAAUUCAAUGAGAUUUAUAAUUCUAAUAAGCAUUAACACUUUCUGGUAUGAGAGCAAAAAAAACAGUUUCGCUUCGCGAUUUUUGAGAAAAAACAGGAAAAUAUCGAAAGGUGGCUUGAACACUAUAAAAAAUUUUUUUUAUUUGAAAUUUUGGGAAAAGUACUUCUUUUUUAUGUACUGAGGAUUUUCGUUGGAGCUCCGAGAAAAUAAAAAAUAUAUAAACAGUUUUCUACCCCGACGGGAGGAAAACGAGUAUUUCAGAUCUUGCCGGAGCUUGACAUGUGAGAAAUUACCUAUCGCAUCUUUCAUGUGUAUUUGUUUCCAAUUCAUCUACGAAAGUCUCAUCAGUGGUUGCGACGGAAUUGUUUUUCCUCAUAUCAAUUGUUUCAGGUAUUGGUUGACGUGCUUAGCACGCUUCGAUUUUUCAUCAAUAACUGCUCCGAAAAAUAAGCCGGCAAGGACUUGCUCAGAUCAAACCUCGGCAAGAUCUGAAAUACUCAUUUCCCUCCCUUCGGGGUAGAAAACGGGUGCUUUCGGCUUGACCUGCCUGAAAGAUGUUUGGUUUCUGCCGGCACGUACAGCUUACUGUGACCAAUUAACAUUCAAAUUCAAAAGAAAGAGAAUAUAUACAUUUUUGUAUUUCUAUUUUUUUUCUUUUAAAAUUUAUUCGAUCAUGUUUACAUUUACAAACAUAUAUUUAUUCAACGUACUUUAAAAUCAAAACUUAUGAAAAGUCAAAGCGUACUAAACACAUCAACCGGCAUCUGAAACAAAUGAUGUGAGGAAAAACAAUUCCCUUGUAACCACCGCUGAGACUCUCAUCAAUGAAUUGGGAACAAAUACACACGACAGAUGCGAUAGGUCAUUUCCGACAGAUCACGCUUUGAUGAUACAUCUUUGUAUCAUCAAAGAUACAAAGCUGAAAUCGAUUUUUUUGCAUUACUCUAAUACAUAUACAUAGAUAUUGUUACGAAACGCUCUAGCCGAUCCGACCUGUGCGUCAUUACACGUCGGUUUGAGCUUUCUAAAAUUAAGGAGCAGGCACGAAAGAACGGGAGAACGCGAAAUUCAUAUUGGAAAAUAUGACAAUUCGAGUUUAUUCAAUAAAAAAGAUGUUUCGUACAAAAUGUGUAAUUAUCAUGGUCACGUAACCGAAUAUUUCAUUUAUUUUCAUUUGUUUUUUCGCAAUGUUUGUCGGAUCUGCUGAGGAAAAUCCUGAAAGACAAACCAAAAGACGAGCGGUUUCUUGUAUGAAAUUCAAAUGAAUGAUUUUUAAAAUUGUUUUAUUUGUUACGGUUAAUAAAUCUUUGUAUGAAAUUGUAUGAAAUUCAAAUGAAUGAUUUUUAAAAUUGUUUUAUUUUUUACGAUUAAUAAAUCUUUUUUUAUCAGGUU